AUGUUGGCUCGAUGUGGCAUGGAACUUGUCGCUCGAAAGCAGUCUACAACGCGUCUGCCAGUCGCAAGAGCAACGUCUUGUUCUCCAUAUCGAUCAUGUGUGCGCUUCAAACGUUCAGCUGCAAAAUCUGCGCAUGGUGGCUCUGAUCGGAGUGCAGCACUAACAAUGGCGAUUCGACAGAUUGAAAGCAGCUUUGGAAAGGGUGCAGUCAUGCAAUUGGGAUCGACAAAAAUUGCCGAACGUGUGGAUGUAAUUUCAUCCGGAUCAUUAUCGUUGGAUUUAGCUCUUGGUAUCGGUGGCAUCCCAAGAGGACGAGUGGUGGAGAUUUAUGGUCCCGAAAGCUCUGGCAAAACAACGUUGGCAUUGAGUUGUAUUGCUCAAGCUCAAAAAACGGAGAGUGGAGUCUGUGCCUUUAUUGAUGCGGAACAUGCAAUUGAUGCUCAUUACGCCAAGGCUCUAGGUGUUGAUAUUGAUGCGCUAUACGUUUCACAACCAGACUCUGGUGAAGAAGCAUUGGAAAUUGCUGAUACGCUUAUACGAUCUGGAGCAGUGGAUCUUGUUGUACUUGACAGUGUUGCUGCACUUGUACCACGAGCGGAGCUAGAGGGUGAAAUGGGAGAUCAGCAGAUUGCUUUGCAAGCGCGACUCAUGAGUCAGGCCUUGCGAAAGCUGACUGGCUCGCUCUCUAAAUCCAACUGUACGAUUAUUUUCCUCAACCAGAUUCGGCAAAAGGUGGGCAUUAUUUUUGGAUCUCCCGAGGUCACGUCGGGUGGCACCGCAUUGCGCUAUUAUGCGUCAGUGCGAUUGGAUAUUCGACGCAAGACGGCCAUUAAGGAGGGAGACCGGGUUGUUGGUAACGAGACGGUCGUUAAGGUGGCCAAGAACAAGUUGGCCUCACCUUUCAAGGUUGCAAACUUUGACAUGAUGUUUGGGCACGGAAUCGAUCGCCAGUCAGAGCUGCUGGAGUUGGGUGUCCAGCAUGGUUUGUUGAAGCGUUCGGGCGCGUGGUACAGUCUUGCUGGUAGCGAAGAACCAAUUGCUCAAGGCAAGGCGAAGGCCAAGUUGUUCCUGCAGAAGAAUCCUGAAAUUGCGAUGGAUCUUGAAGGAAAGUUGCGUCACAUACUUUUUAAAUCGGUUGGGGCUGUGGAAAUCGCUAAUGUGGAUUCUACCAUUGAAGUGAUUGACAAGGAGGAGGAGUCCAAUGCUACCUCAAGCGAAGGUAUUGGCAGUGACAUUAGUAGUGAAGAUGAAAAGAUCACCAUGUAA